AUGUCGCAGCGCCAUGCUCUCUCUGAUGACCAGGUUGCGGGCGAGCUCCGCAAGAUGACGGCGUUCAUCAAGCAGGAGGCCCUCGAGAAAGCCCGCGAGAUCCAGAUCAAGGCGGAUGAGGAGUUCGCCAUCGAAAAGUCCAAGCUGGUCCGCCAGGAGACGGCCGCCAUUGACGCCCUGUACGAGAAGAAGUUCAAGCAGGCUUCCAUGUCCCAGCAGAUCACCCGUUCCACUCUCGCCAACCGCACCCGUCUCCGGGUGCUCUCCGCCCGGCAAGAGCUGCUGGAUGAGCUGUUCCAGCGCGCCCGUGAACAACUCAGCAGUGCCACUGCCGACACGACGAAGUACCAGGAGGUCUUGAAGGGGUUGAUCCUGGAGGGGCUGUACGCUCUGAACGAGGACAAGGUGGCGGUGCAAGCACGGCAGAAGGACUACGACCUGGUGAAGAAAGCUAUUGGAGAUGCUCAGAAGGAAUUCAAAGACAAUGUCGGUCGGGAUGUCACGAUAGACAUUGACGAGAAGAACCCCCUGCCGGAUGGAACUGCGGGUGGUGUGAUCAUUGUUGGCGGUGCCGGCAAAAUCGACGUCAACAACACCUUCGAAGAGCGGUUGCGGCUGUUGGAGAUUGACGCCUUACCAGCCGUCAGAGAGACGCUAUUCGGCAAGAACGAGAACAGGAAGUUCGUUGACUAA